CAGAACACCAAAUGGCGGACAACGCCGGUGGAGAACGUGGAGGUUUCCGUGGAGGUUUUGGCAGUGGCGACCGGGGUCGUGGUCGUGGACGCGGCAGAGGCCGUGGUCGAGGUCGUGGACGCGGUGCCAGGGGCGGCAAGUCCGAGGACAAGGAAUGGGUGCCAGUGACCAAGCUGGGUCGCCUUGUUAAGGACAUGAAGAUCAAGUCUCUGGAGGAAAUCUAUCUCUACUCCCUGCCCAUCAAGGAGUCUGAGAUCAUUGACUUCUUCCUGGGGUCCUCGUUGAAAGAUGAGGUGCUGAAGAUUAUGCCUGUCCAGAAGCAGACCAGGGCUGGCCAGCGCACCAGGUUCAAGGCCUUUGUUGCCAUUGGUGACUACAACGGCCAUGUGGGCCUGGGGGUGAAGUGCUCCAAGGAGGUGGCCACUGCCAUUCGAGGAGCCAUCAUCCUGGCAAAGCUGUCCAUCGUGCCUGUGAGGAGAGGAUACUGGGGGAACAAGAUCGGCAAGCCCCACACCGUGCCAUGCAAGGUGACUGGUCGUUGUGGCUCCGUCCUGGUGCGUCUGAUCCCUGCGCCCCGUGGUACUGGCAUCGUGUCUGCCCCUGUGCCCAAGAAGCUGCUCACGAUGGCUGGUAUCGACGAUUGCUACACCUCGGCCAGGGGCUGCACUGCCACUCUAGGCAACUUCGCCAAGGCUACCUUUGAUGCCAUCUCCAAGACCUACAGCUACCUGACCCCUGAUCUGUGGAAGGAGACAGUCUUCACCAAGUCUCCUUACCAGGAGUUCACUGAUCACCUGGCCAAGACCCACACCAGGGUGUCUGUGCAGAGGACGGCCGCAGCUGUCCCGGCAUCCUCCUAAAGACUUUUGUACAGUGGAUUAAAUAAAGGGUUUAACACCAAUACCGUCUUCUAAAACUGAUGUGCUGUAAUGUGGCUAGAAUAUUGUGUGAUGGAUCAAGAUGCUGAUGGCUAGCUAGAUCAUGUGACAGUAAUAAGUUAAACUCUAUUUUGACACCAUGGUUAAUUAUUACUUCAAGUAAUGAAGACUUAAAGGGUUUGGUUUCCGCCUUCAAAUCUGGAUUUAACCAGCACUGCUCUUAACCCCCAGUCUUCCCUAUAAGUCAGAUUGAUUUAGACCUUGGAGACCAGGCUGGUGCAAUUAAUUUACCUCAUAGGUUAAUAUUUGGAUUCCUCUGGCUUAGCUGCCGGCUGUUCCGCAAAUUCGUACUGAUAAAUUGUUAGUCUGAAUAUUAAAAUGAUUGUCACUGGCCUACAUACAAAACCCCAUGGCAAAAUGGUAUUGCUAGAUGUCUUUGCAAAUAAAACAUCUGGUAGGUGUUGCAUCAAGUAUGGGAAAAAAUAGACUAAACAAGUUGCAUGGACUUGAGUGCAGUUAGUGUUUAACAUGCGUUUUGAAUGACUACCGUAUUGCUGUAUCCCACAAGUUUUGUAAGUUAAAGCGGUGAAUUUCAAGCAAAUUCAACGAAGACCAGGGAGAUUUUCCAAUGCCUCGCAGGGGGCACUUGUUAGGUGGCUUAAAAUACAAAGCGGACAAUAUCCCUUUCUGCAUGAUUAAGUUACUAAUUACACUUGGCUGUUUCAAUACACGCAGUCACUACAAAGAUGGUCGUCCUGACUUAGCUGCUGGAGGAACGGCAAUUUCACCUCGAGGCCAAUGGUGACUUUAAAAGUUUAAUGGCAGCAAGAACUGGAUGUCAAUGAAGUCACUCCAUAACUAACCUAAGUGACCGUGAAAAGGAAGCAUGUACAGAAUACAAAUUUAGCAAAACGUGUAUUCUGUUUGUAGUAGGGCAUGAGUAAAACUGCAAAAAAUGUGCAGAGUAAUGACCUUUGGGGAAAAUCCAACACCACUCAUUUUCAAGCGUGGUGGCUGCAUCGUGUUAUGGAUAUGUUUGAGUUUUUAGGAUAAAAAUAAUUAAGCACAGACAAAAUCCUAGAGAAUUUGUCUGCUUUUCGACAAAUUCACAUUUCGGCAGUACAAACACCUAAAACAAGGCCAAAUAUGAGUUUACCGAGACCAAUGUUCCUGGGUGGCUUAGUUGAGUUAAAUCUCUGGCAAUGUUCAAACUUGACAGGGCUUGAAUAAUUUAAGAUUUUGCAAAUAUUGUGCAAAGCUCUUAGACAUACCCAGAAAGACUCAUUGCUGAAGUGGAUUUUAACCUAUAAACUGGUUCAAUCUGUGAAUGCUGAGAUAUUGUACUGUAUACCAUGGUUGGUAACCAGUUUAAUAGUAAGGCACCUUGGGGGUUUGGUAUAUGGCCAAUAUACCGCGGCUAAGGGCUGUAUCCAGGCACUGUGUUGCGAUAACAGCACUUAGCCAUGAUAUGUAUUUUAAAAAAUAAUAAAAACUGGUUUUCAUUAUGGGGCACUACA